CAGCACUCGGCUGUCAGAGCUCCGAGCAGCUCCGAGCAGGAUCUACCCGGACUACCCCCACCCCCCGGUCCUGGUCCCGGUCCCGGUCCCGUCCGAGCACCUCCAAUCUGCAGCCGCUUCUUUUACCUGGACCAGACGCCGGCAGGAUGCUGCUGCUGCUCUGUCUGCUUCCUCUGCUGAGCGGCAGCACGACGCUGACGCUGAACGCCACGUACAGAGCGGGACACGACCACGGGGAGGAAGUUGCCGUGACGACGAGGCCUCACAUCUACUACUGCCGCUCGCCCAACAUGGAGGACUUCACCUGCUGGUGGCGUCCGCUGGACAACCUGACGGACGGCGAGGUCGUGUCCUACGUCCUCACCUACUCCAAAGAUAAAGGCCCCCGACAGGAAUGUCCCGACUACACGAGCGCUGGUCCCAGCAGCUGCCACUUCGACAGCAGCCACACGUCCAUCUGGAAGAUCUACUGCAUGAACGUCACCGCCGUCACCGCCACCAGGAACUACACCUCCCAGAAGCACUGCCUGGACGUGGCUGAUAUCGUUCAGACUGAAGCUCCCGUCAACGUGACCUACGAGCUGACCGACCCCGGCGGCGACGAGAUGGGCCACAACGCGCUGCUGUCCUGGACGUACCCGGUGCCGUCACACCUUCAGUACGGCUGGAUCACGCUGCUGUACGAGCUUCAGUACAGACGCAUCACCGAGCCGGACAACUGGAAGGUCAAACCCUCUCUGCGGGAGCCGCGCGUGGAGCUGCUCGGCCUCCCCGGCGGCCACUACGUCAUCCGAGUCCGCUGCCGCUCGCAGAACUACGGCCUGUGGAGCGAGUGGAGCGCCACGCUGCGGAUGAGCAUCCCCAACAAACUGCCGGCAGGGAAACUGUUGGUGCUGAUCCUGGUGACGGGCGUCGGCGUCUUGGCUCUGCUGGUCAUCGCUUGUGUCAUUCCACAGAGCAGAAGAAUAAAAGAGUACUUCCUGCCUCAGAUUCCGAAGCCGAGGAUCAUGGGUAUUAAUCCGCUGCUGAUGAAGAAGGGGAACCUGGAUGAAAUCAACCGUCACCUCAGUAACUUCCACAGCUACAGACCCCCGAGCUACACGGAGGAGGUGUGGGACCAGGUCAGCGCUGACAGUAUAUAUGUGACCACGGCGAAGGACUACAGCGCCCAGGCCGACCCCAUGGGCGGGGACAAGGAGGCCUUGGUGAUUCCAGGUGACCUGACGCCCGCGGCCGCCCGCCUCCAGCUCGCAACCCAAAACCCGACUCCCUACAUGCAGAGCCUGUCGCCCUACUGCUCCUCGCCUCCCCAAGCCUUCGCUCCAUCGCUGCCGGCUCCGUCCUCGUGGCCAAGGCCUGAGAUCCUGUCGCUGCCGGGGACGGACUACAGCGUGAUGGGACAGGGCGACUCCUUCCCCGCCCCCGACGCCACCGCCGUUACCACCAUCGGCUCGCCUCAGGAUUUCUACACCUGCGUCCAGCUCAUGAACGAAAGCGGCGAGGUGCAUCUGGUGCCGUGUUUGCCGCCGCCGUACUGCAGGGAGUUCCCGCCUCUGCAGAGCGGCUGCGGAGACGACGCUGAGAAGGAGGAGAAGAAGAGGAAACUCGCCGAGUACCAAGCCAGGAAGAAUUUCAUGAGCGAGCCCAAAGACGGCGGCAAGGCCGAGAGGAGCGAAGCGUCCGUGCCUCUGCUGCCUGUCGCCGUCGACAACCGGGGCUGAUUGACAGGAAGCACGUCCACAGUUAGAAAUAUGUGGACAUGUGUGGAAACUGAAGAGCGUCUGCAGGACGUUCAGACCUCGAGAAACAAUUCAACAAACUGAUGUUGGUUUGAAAAAGAAAAGCAACGUUUCAAACGCUAAACGCCGUCUCUGGUGCAAUAUCCCAAGUGUUGUGUUCGGGCGACCGACACCUUGUCCUCUGUCAUCGUUCCUCUGGACCUCGUCUCUGUGGAACUCUGUGGAACCCAACGUGCUGUUCAAUGCACAAAUCAGAUUUCAGGUGAAUGAACGAACAAUGAGCUCUAUGAAAUCUGUGCAGUCGCCUCCUGCAGCUUCAGAUAAACGAGGACCACUUCACCGCGCGCUGCUUCUUCUAACCCGUGUUUGCUUCAGGGCCUUUCUCAGGAAACACAAACACUGUGCAAUGCCGAGGAGGAGAGCAGUGAGCUGCUGGUGCAUGGACCGCUCAGAUCCUCAGCUGGUGUUCAAACCGUUCGCCUUCCUCAUCAGGUUGUGUUUGAACUCACUCACUGGAGUGGAAGGUGCACGUGAGCUGCUCAUCUUCAUCAUUACACUGAGUUUCUCACAUGAACGAUUAGGAAAGGAUUUAGUGUCUUCUGCCACAAUGCAUUGUGGGAUACGGAGUCUUUUACAGCUCGUGCUCAACACGAAGUGGAGAAGUCAGUUGAUUGUGAGCGAUUUCAAACACAACCUGAAGUUUCACACGAGACAAUAAGCUUCAUUUUGCUGUUUUUAAUGUGAAGUCGUUAUAAAAGCUGUUCUCACUGAAAGAUGAACUAUUAGUUAUUUUAUAUCUGGUUCAUAUCGACUCUCUGCAUCUCGUUCCCGUGUGGUUUCCAGGUUUAGGACACAGAACAUAGACGUGUGUGUCGCUCUCAAUCAUCUCGUCCUCCAGUAGUUACGCUCCACUGCUCAUGAAUCCAACCUCCUGGUACGUGUUCAAUCCAUCGUCCGACACCGUGUUGCUGACGUGUUCCAAACUAUAACGUGUUUUAUCGACGUAACGUAAACUGUGAAUUCGAAGAAGCAGAACCUCUGUUUCUUUUCCUCACAGUCGAGAGGUUCGUUAUUUUACAGAAAACAAAUUCAAACGUGAGAAUCAAAAGUAUAUUUUCUUUAUUCCUAAAGAUUAUGAAUUUAACACAAUGACAAAAAGCACUUUUAUAUAUUUUCAACAUGCUGAAAGAAAAGUUAGGUUUAGUUUUAUUCAAACAGCAAAGAAAGAACCAGAAUCAUGAAGUAUUAGAGUAUUAGCAGCUCUUCCUCCAGAGUUAGUGAGAUGUUGAUGAAGAGGAGGUAAGGAGGUGUGUAAGUGAUCCUUAACCUGCCUCCAAUGUUAGAAUUCAUGUUCUGCAUCCAACAAAUUGGGGAAACUUUCCAAAACAAAUCACACCCACUGAUCUCUGACUAUUUUAACCACUUUAAUGUCUCGUAGAAAAUCUUAAAAUGCACCGUUAUCGACAUGUGUGCAGUUUAUUGCAAAAAGGCACAAGUGGGAGUUGAGACUUGUGGGAUGUGACCAGAAGGAAAGCACCUGAAGAUUCUUCUCCUUAUUAUUAUCUUAUUAUCUUAUUAUUAUUAUAUUAUAAUCAUUAUUCCCAGUGUCGGACGUCCUGAUCCCAGCUACCUCACAUCGGAUCACGUCCCUGUUGCCAAAGCUUUGUUCUAACGUGCUUCUUUCUUCUGGUCUUGUGCUGUGACUCUGGAAGUCGACGCUGUCGCCACCUUUCUCGUGACACGUUGGCGAAUCGUGCCAAACUAAAACCCAAAGUAGAAAACCGACGCCGUCGAGCACCGGAGACGAGCCUGAAUCCUGUUUUCACCGUCAGCUGUUGAUUCGUCCGUCACCUCCUCGUACUUUGGGAUCUAGAUGCUGAUCGUUUGUACCUGUGGUGUUUUGACUCUGUUGAAAAGCUCGUCAGUCUUUGUCUGUAUCGUGUGUUUCUCUCACUGCUCCUCAGGAUCACGGUGCUGAUCAGGGAUCAAUCAAAGUGAUAUCGAUCCUGAUCGACAUGAGACCUGGAGCUCGAACUAGAAAACAAGCUGUCAUUGUUCCUCUUCCUCCCCCGACCCUCGUCACCUCUGAACUCACUGAUGUCGUGUCGUCUGCUCGUUGCCGCUCGAUGUCGUGCUGUAUCUGUUAUUGUGCCUGGAUGUGCCUUGUUGUUCACUGAGCAGUAUUUGUUUGUUGUUCCCCGGUUGUGUUGAAGUGUGGACGGCCCGAGCGGCCAACGUGCCACUCCGACACGCCGGGAAGUGUGUGUGUGAGGAAAGUGGUGGAGGAGCAAACACCGACAGUACGUGCACAUUGUGUUGGGUAAACAACUAUAUCGCCUUUUAUUGUGACACCUUCUUCUUGUUGGACUAAAGCACUUUUGGUUUCUCGUGACUGCAAUAAAAAGUGAAAAGGCA